AUGGACGUGCCGGGCCUCCCUGAGCUGCUGUAUGACGCCGAGGAGCAGCUGGAGCCGACUCCCGGUCGGACCGUGUCCGGAGAGGUCCCCUGCUGGCUCUCUGGUUCGCUCUACCAGUCGGGACCGGCGAAAUUUCAGCUGGGUGACGGUUUCUCGGUGAACCACUGGUUCGACGGUUUGGCCAUGGUGUGCAAGUUCGCGCUGAGUGACGGCCAGGUAACGCUGCAGAAGCGAUUCGUCCAGUCGGACGCCUACAAGAAGGCGACCAAGUACAACAAGACCAUCUACACGGAGUUCGGGACGCGCGCCCACACGGAUCCAUCUCGUGGCUUCUUCAGUCGCCUGGUCUCCUCCAUCCUGCCCACGGACAUGACCGACAACAACUUCAACAACGUGAUCCACGUCAAUGGGCAGCUGUUCGCCGCCUGCGAGACCACGCUGGUGAGCCGGAUCGACGCCAGCACGCUGGAGACGCUGGAGAAGGUGGACCUGUCGCAGUCACUGGGGGUGAACCUGUGCUGCUCACACCCGGUCACCGACCGCGACGGCUCCGUCUACACGCUGGGCGUCACCUUCAUCCCGGGCUUCCGGUACCAGGUGAACCGGAUCCCGCCGGCGCCGGCCGCCGCCAACGGGAAGCAGGCGUUCGCGGGCGCCCAGCGCCUGCUCUCCAUGCCGUCCUCGUGGACCACCGCCUACUCGUACUACCACUCGUUCGGCGUCACCGACAGCUACAUCGUGUUCCUGGAGCUGCCGCUGCUGCUCGUCCUCUCCAAGGUGAUGACCAUGGUGGUGAAGGGCCGCGCGCUCAAGGACUGCAUCGAGUGGCAUCCCGAGCACCGCGUCAAGGUGCACGUGCUGCACAAGGCCGAUGGAAAGCUCGUCAAGACCAAGUACAUCACCGACGUCCCCUUCUUCCAGACGCAUGUGUGUAACGCCUUCGAGGAGGAUGGCACCGUGAUGCUGGACAUGAUCACCAGCGAGGGCCCCAGUGUGAUGGAGGCCUACUUCCUCGACAAGCUGCGCGAGGGGAAGCUGUACAACGAGCAUACCAUGCGCGUCACGCGGCUCGCCAUCCCCGUGCUGGAGGAUCUCAAGACGGCUCCGGAGAAUGUCAACCUGGUCGGCUCUGACAGCACACGCGCGCAGGCCGUGCGCCGAGGGGACACGGUCACCCUGAGCCUGGAUCUGUUCCCAGAGGAGGGUGCCGAGUACCCGACCAUCAACCCGGCGGUGCGCGGCCGGCCCUACCGCUACCUCUACGCCACCGGCGGCUUCGAACAGGGCCCGUUCCGCAGCGCCGUCGGCAAGCUGGACACACACUCCCGCACGUGGCAGUUCUGGCGCGGCGAGGAGGGCACGUUCCCGUCGGAGGCGACGUUCGUGGCGCGGCCGGGCGGCAGUGGCGCGGCCGAGGACGCCGGGGUGCUGCUGACGGCGCUUCUGGGCGCCGGACGGCGGCCCGACCGGUUCAUGGUGCUGGACGCUGGUCAGAUGGAGCCGCUGGCCUGUGUGGAGUUCCAGAGCCGCGUCCCUGUCAUGGUUCACGGCACGUGGGUACCGACAGAGAGCACGCACGAGGCCGAUGGUGGGGAGGGGAAGUAG